AUGGAUGUUCUGAAACCUCGCUUACUAAUAACGAGGGGAUUCAGGUUUCGUGUUAAUCGUAGUGCUGAACCCCAGGGCGCAUCUUACGAGCACGACGAGGUUGAAAACAUAGACGAUUUUUAUUCAAAAGAAGACUUGGACUUGGACGAAAACAAUGGGAAUUACGACGUGGAAGUGAAGCAGGUGUAUGAUGGGAAAUAUGAAGCUCGAGUUCCUGUUCCUUCAGUGAUGCUCGGCAGUGUCGUGGGGAAAAAAGGCGUGACCAAGCAGAGGAUCGAAAAGGAAACCCAGUGUCAGCUUCGCGUACCCAAACCAGGGGCCGAAGGGGAUGUCGUGAUUACCUCAUCGGAAAAGUCCAACGUCUUGGCCGCCGGAAGAAGAUUAUUGAUGCUUGUGGAAACGAGUCGACACAAGCUGAAGUUUACGCAUUUCGUAUCCUUGCCUUUGAGUGGAAGCGAAGCUUUGUUCUCCAGAGUAUUAGAUUUUCAAGAAGCUGUUAGAAAGUGUUACUUGCCAGAAAAAAUCGACGAAAGGCUGUUUUUGAACAUGCGGAAGAUGCAUUUAACUGUGUUGGUGCUAACCCUGUUGGAUGAUCGAGAAAGACAGUUGGCGAUGGAUUUGCUGCAUGAAUGUUUCUCCAAGAAAAUCCGACCGAUGCUUGCCGAUGAAAACGGGAUCAGGGUGCGACUCAAGGGCCUCGAAAUCAUGAAUGACGACUGGUCGCAAGUGCAAGUGGUUUACGCGAAGUUGGAACCGACUUUAGAUUCACUCGGUAGGGACGUUAUUCAAGAGAUGGCUGACGCCAUUCAGAACCAUUUUGAAGGUUCGGGUCUGGCACCAGAAUCUCGAUGUGCCCACGUGAAGCUCCACUUCUCAGUCAUGAAUUCGAAGAAGUUGGCGAAAGAAAUGACCACUCAGCAGGAUUCUUCUUGGAAACCGAGGCUUAAUGAUAUGAAGCUUUUCGACGCCAAGCCGAUCUAUGAGAAUCUGUUGGAUUUCGAUUUUGGAGAAGUGCUCAUCAGUCAUAUUCACCUCUCGAUACUCCACACUGUUGGAGAAGAUGGCUACUAUCGGCCUUCGCUCACAGUUCCCAUCAAGCCGUGAAUCAAGCCGUACCUUGUCCAAAUCCUCGAAUCAGUUCCGAAAUGAAUUUAUGGCUGUUCAAAGA